CUUCCGCUUCUCAGACCUGACCUUCCGGCAGCUGGGCCGCGCGCUCUGAGCCGACAUUGACGGGUCCUCGCGAUUCGACCCGACGCGCCCACUCUAGCGACAUCAUGGUGGCCUACUGGCGACAGGCUGGACUCAGCUACAUCCGAUACUCCCAGAUCUGUGCAAAGGCAGUGAGAGAUGCACUGAAGGCAGAAUUCAAAGCGAAUGCCGAGAAGACUUCUGGCAGCAACGUUAAAAUCGUGAAAGUGAAGAAGGAAUAAUCUGUAAGUGACCGAUUUAUUUAGAAACAGUUUUUUGAGCACUUCUAAAAACCCAGGUAAUUUUAAAUUUAAGUUCUGUCCAUUUUGGGUCAUUCAGAACAUUUAGAAGCUAGUUAGUGGGGGGAGUUCGCUUCAUGGCUCAGUGGUUAAUGAACCCGACUUGGAACCAUGAAGAUGUGGGUUCGAUUCCCUGGCCUCACUCAGUGGGUUAGGGAUCCGGCAUUGCUGUGGCUCUGGUGUAGGCCGGCAGCUGUAACUCCAGUUAGCCCCCCCCUGGGAACUUCUAUAUGUCAGGGGUGUGGCCCUAAAAAGCAAAAAAAAAAAAAAGGUUAGCAGUUAGCAGGACAGUCAUUUGAAGCCUGCAGGUCAUAGGAUUCCCAGGGCAUAAUCAAAGAAUGUCAUUUCAGGCCCCUGACAAGCAGAAGUAAUUGCCACAUUGAUUUUAGGUAGAGAGCCAUCUUAUUUUAAUUAAAUCCGUUUCAUUUGUCUGCACAAAAUCCAGUAAUUUGGAGGAUAAGCUCCCCACUUUUGUAAGUGCCAUUGGAAUUGCAUCAGAGUUGAGGAGCGUGAAGAAUUGCUGCUCUCCAAGUUUUGUCUCCUCCACAUGUACUAAUGUUCUCACAACUUCCUGAACAUAAAGGCCACGAGAACAGGCGAGGGUCCUGCUGUUUUAUCAGGCAGUAAAAUCAGCCAGACCCUGCGGAGAAGACUGCUUUGCUAAAUUUAUCAUGUCUUCAGAGUUUGAUUCAUUUUAUUUCUCCAAAGAUGUUGGCAGUGCAAAGUUAAAUUCUGAGCAAUAAAAGACAGUUUCGUACAAUUGAUAAGUUCAUACUUCUGUGCUCCAAACAACUAAAGCGAUUUGAUCUCUACACCGAUUUCUUGACAUUGUUAUUUCAAAGGUAAGUAAAGCAAAUUACCAGAGAGAUGUUUUUCAGAUUUAAUUUUCUUGUUUUGCCUUAAAAUAAGCCUCAGACCCACAGUAGCAAGGAAACGUGAUACAUAUUAAUCCUUUGGCAGCUUGUGGUUAUGAGCAAUUUUACUUAUUGGAACUGUCUCCCCUAAGCACUUUUCAUUUUCAUUUUGAAUUAGUAAAUAUUUUAUUACAAGUCUGGAGAUGCGAGGUUUUGAAUUUAGCCCUUUUUCUCGGGCUCUCUGUCUAGUCUCAUAAUUCUGAGGUUGGGUUGUUUUAACAAUGAGCUAACUGAGAAAAAUCACUCGGCAGCCUCUGACUGUAGCAUGGAUGUGCCAAACUCUGCAUCGAACUCCCUUGACCUUGCGUCGUCCUUGGGGCCGGGAAGUAGUGUCCAGCUCUGGUAAACAGAACACUGACCAUUCUCUGUCUGCCUUGUAGUGGACAAAGUCCCCGCCACCUCAGUGCAAGGGAUUUAGCAUCUUUUAAAGGCAGAGCAUUUCUGUAUUGCCCGGGGGAGUGUUUGGUUUUUCUUAGCAGGGAGGGGCCCCUUCGGCUAAGACCGCGGCCGUCAACCAGCGCUUUUCGCAGCUGGAGCCAGGGUUUCUCACCCCCGGGCCCUGAAGCCACAGCUGUGCAGUGCAGUUCCUUAGGAGGGAGUCAUUUCCCUCUUCAGGUGGGAUUUUCAAGAAAAGACAAAGGACCAGCAACUGCAUUUUCUCUUUUCCUCCUAGACCCUGACUACAGCUUGAAGUGCUGCGUGUUCAGUGAGGAGGUGUGGGCACGUGUCGUGGCGGAUUGAAAAGGAUGUCACCUGGGGAAACACACACAUUCCCGUCUUGUGCAUAGAUUGACAAUGCCAAUAAAGUGAAGCAUGGUCACUCUU